AUGCAGAGAACUUAUUUUCUUGUCCUCGGAGCCAUAGUGUUGCAUUUUGUCACAACUAGCUCAGCUAGCUUAAGUAUUGCCAAUAACCAUAACAACAGUGCUAGUGAUCUGAAUGCUCUUCUUGUCUUCAAAGCAGCCAUUUUCGAUCCCCAAAGGAUCAUCCCAACCAACUGGUCCACUUCUACCUCUGUUUGCAACUGGAUUGGUAUCACUUGUAAUGCUCGUCAUCAUAGAGUCGCAGCCAUUGACCUUUCUUACAUGGGAAUUGCGGGAACGAUGCCUCCACAAUUGGGAAAUCUUUCUUUUCUUGUCAGGUUGAAUGUCAUGAAUAACAGCUUUCAUGGACAUCUUCCAACCGAGCUCUCUCGUCUGCGCCGAUUGAAGUACAUCAGCUUGGACGGUAAUGCUUUUGAGGGAGAACAUCCGUCAUGGUUGGGAGGUUUAACUGCACUCCGAUACUUAUCCUUCCGAGAUAAUGGAUUUUCAGGUUCAUUAUCAGGCAGGCUCUCUAAUUUCACAAAGUUAGAGACCAUCAGGUUGGGUUACAACUUUUUUACCGGAAAUCUUUCUGAAGAAUUCAGCGCUCUACCGAAAUUGAAACUUUUGGAAAUUCAAUAUAACCAACUUGCAGGCCCUCUGCCACUGGCUCUGUUUAACCUCUCCUCAUUGCAAGUUAUUGGUUUUACGAGUAAUAGCUUAUCGGGUUACCUUCCAGCACACAUCUGCAAUUAUCUCCCACAACUUCAAGGGCUUCACUUAUCACUUAAUAACUUUGAAGGUGAAAUUCCAUCAGGCAUCGGAGAAUGCUCAAGACUCCAAGUUUUAUCCUUGUCUUCUAACAAAUUCAGAGGGUAUAUACCAAAAGGAGUUUGGAAUCUAACCACGCUUACACAAAUAGCUUUGGGUGGGAACGACCUGACAGGUGAAAUUCCAAAAGCCAUUGACAAUCUCUAUAAUUUGGAGAUACUAGGCAUGGAGAGUGCUAAUGUGACAGGUAUAAUACCUGAAGAGAUUGGUAAUCUUAGCAAGUUGGAACUGCUAAACUUGGAGUUGAAUAGGUUGAGAGGUCCCAUCCCGCUGAAACUUUUCAAUAGUUCAACUGUACGAAUUAUUUCUCUCGCGCAGAAUGAUUUAUCAGGCGAGCUUCCAUCAACUAUAGGUGUUUUCUUACCCAAUCUUGAGGAACUCUACCUUUGGGGAAAUGAAUUUACUGGAACUGUACUAACAUCCAUCUCAAAUGCUUCUAGGCUCAGAAUGCUAGACCUUGCUAUGAACCAUUUUACUGGUGCAAUUCCUUAUUAUCUUGGAAACUUGAGAUUACUGGAUGACAGGUGCCGAACCUGUAUAAUACCUCAAGAGGUUGGUAAUCUUAGCAAGUUGGAAGUACUACACAUGGGAGAGAAUAGGUUAAAAGGUCCCAUCCCGCUGAAACUUUUCAAUAGUUCAACUGUACGACUUAUUGCUCUCACGGAGAAUGAUUUAUCAGGCGAGCUUCCAUCAACUAUAGGUGCUUUCUUACCCAAUCUUGAGGAACUCUACCUUGAGGGAAAUGAAUUCACUGGAACUAUACUAACGUCCAUCUCAAAUGCUUCUAGGCUCAGAAUGCUACACCUUGGUAUGAACCAUUUUACUGGUGCAAUUCCUCAUUCUCUUGCAAACAUGAGAUUACUGGAACAGUUUGCUAUAUGGCAAAAUAAUUUUUCUGAGGACUCGCUAUCCAAAGAGUUGAGCUUCAUCAUAUCCCUAUCAAACUGCAAACAUUUAAGAAGGUUGUGGAUAGGUAAGAAUCCUCUGAAUGGCUUCCUCCCAAAGUCUAUCGGAAAUCUUUCUAGCUCAAUCCAAUCCUUUCAUGCAGGUAGUUGUGGAAUCAAAAGUGAAAUUCCAAGUUCGAUUGGUAAUUUGAGCAACUUAGUAGAUCUGUUCUUUCAAAACAAUAGUUUGACAGGGUUAAUUCCCACUACAAUCAAAUGGUUCUUGAAGCUUCAGAGGAUAGAUCUAAGCAACAAUCAAAUACUAGGUGCUAUUCCAAGUGAGUUUUGUAAUUUGUUGAACUUAGGAGAAUUAAAACUUGGACAAAAUAUGUUCUCUGGUAUGGUGCCUUCUUGUUUAGGAAACGUUACAACACUCAGAUAUGUUUAUCUCAAUUCUAACAAGUUAAGUUCUAUGAUACCAAAAAGCUUUUGGAGCCUCAGAUAUAUUUUGGAGCUAGACAUGUCAGGAAAUUAUUUGACAGGUUCUUUGCCUGCUGAAAUUGGAAACUUCAAGGCAUUAGUCUAUUUGAACCUUUCAAAUAAUCAAUACUUGGGUAGGAUACCCAGCACUAUUGGAGCACUACAGGAUUUGCAAGAACUCUCCUUGGAACGUAACAAGCUACAAGGAUUGAUACCAGAUUCCAUGAAGAAUAUGUUGCAGUUACGGCAUUUGGAUCUAUCUUUUAACAAUCUGGAAGGUGAAAUUCCCAACUCAUUACAGGUACUGCCAGAUCUCCAAUACUUUAAUGUGUCCUACAACAGAUUGAGAGGACCGAUUCCUCAUGGAGGGCCGUUUGCAAAUUUCACGAACCUAUCUUUUCUCUCAAAUGAAGCAUUGUGUGGCGGUCCUUGGCUCCAACCUUGUGCAAGUACAUUUGAGCAUGAAUCAAGGACAAAAAGGAUAGUCAUGAUUGUUCUGUUGACAUCAGGAUCUGUCAUAUUAGCCUUGGUGAUUUCAAUUUUUUUGAUGAGGCUAAAGUUGAGAAAGAAAACUCUAGCUCCGAAUCAGAACUUGCUUCCCAUGGCGACAUUUGAAAGGGCAUCCUUCUAUGAACUUAGACAAAUAACAAAUGGAUUCAGCGAGAGUAACUUACUUGGCUCGGGGAGCUUUGGUUCAGUUUACAAGGGAAUUCGCGAAAAUGGGAUGGUUUGGGCCAUAAAGGUAUUCGAUUUGCAGCUAGAAGGUGCAUUUAAAAGCUUUGAUCGAGAAUGUGAAGUCUUAAGCUGCCUUCGUCAUCGAAAUUUAACUAGAGUAAUUACUGCUUGCUCUAGCCUUGACUUUAAGGCUUUGGUGCUCGAAUACAUGCCCAAUGGAAGCCUUGAGAAAUGGCUUCAUUUCACUGUGACUUGA